AUGGAGACAUUGCACAUUUGGCUGCCGACCGAUGUCAGUGGCGUUCUUGUUGUCAGUUUCUAUCCAGAUCGCCUGAGUUUUUCACGCCUGGUACCAUGGCGUGAAUAUGCAAACAAGUUCAGGACUGUAAGGCAAUUUAUCGUCAAAAAAUCGUUCAGCUGUAGCGCCCUUUUGGUGCCUAGCUGCCAUGCCACCACUCAAAGGAAGCACGAGGCUGGGAUACAGUCAGUUUGCCCAAACCUAGACAGGGGAAGUCGAGAGGCAGAGGUCGAGUUCGAACCACGGACCUUCCGGUUCACUGACAGCUGUGCAUUUGUGCAUCAAUUAUUUAAGUUACCGCCUCCAGUGCUCAGCUACCCACCCCGUCCUCCCAAAUCAUUGGUGAACAAAACUGUGGCAGCUACAACCUCUCAUGACAUCAGUGUUCAACACCGAUGCUUCACUGUCGUAAAAUCACGGAAACCUCAGUGUGAAGAAAAGAAUAAAAGUGGAGAAGGAAGGGACAUAGUGCUAGCUUACCACAAUCAUUCCGAGGUGCCUACACCUCCAGGCACUCAUUCAGGCAACAAAAUUGCUGCUGGUAUUGACGAGCAACCAUAUCUUGCAGUGUCCGUUGACCAGCUCUCUCCUUCUGCCAUGGAAAACUUCAGUCUUUUCGGAAAACGACGGUUCACUAUGGACAAUGCAUGGGUUAAUCAACGCAGCUUCUGGCGCUGGACGCAUUGUUCGAUGGAAGUCCCUUUUGAGGAAGCCAACAAAUGUUUUCAAAAUGUCUCGUUACGGAUUAGACAACACUGGAAUGUACCAGUUUUGAGACAGGGUGGUAGAAAAUCUGAAGAAAUCUCAGUUCUACCACCCGAAGGAACCGCGUCUCACAGCCAUACAACAAAACAGCUCAUAGUGUAG